UCAAGAGAGAGAUCAAGAGACGUAUCAAGAUGACAGGCGCCACUCACUUACACUUCCUUGUUUUGAUGCUCUGUGGUCUGGGCGUGUGUUCAGCCAUGCGGCAGGUGGCGGUGGUGGAGGGUCAGAGGCUGCUGCUCUCCUGCCUGAAGGCUCCCGGCUCCAUGGACUGGACGCGGCGGAGAAACAACAACGACGUGGUGCUGUUCCUUAACGACGUAAAAGGCUACGACAAGGAAAACAAAUACAACCUCCACAACUUCUCCAGUUCAGAGUACACGCUAUCAGUGUAUCCCGUCACGUUCAAAGACGAGGGCAUUUACAUAUGCCACACCUACGGAGACAAAACUACCACACGCAGAUACAAUGUGACCGUCUUGGGAGAGCCCCAGAUCUCCUCCACUAAGCACCAGGACAGGACACUGGUCAAGUGCUCCGUCAGAGGAAACACUCCGGCCCUCGACCUCUCAUGGCAGUUUGGCAACGCCAUCCAUCUUGAAGCUCAGCCGCAGCACUCGAGGCAGGAGAGUAACGGCAGAUGGACGUCGGAGAUAUCCCACAGCAUCCAGGUCCUCAGGAAGAGACUGGUGGUCAAGUGCAUACUACGCAACCCGACUCUACCCCACGCCGAGGUCAGAUUCAUCACCUUAGAGAACACAAAAACUCGGCCGCUCUCCACACAAGCGAGCAAAACAGAGGCCACAACAUGGCAGACCCCAACUGACAUCCCAAGCGUAUCCAAGACUACAGCUUCGACAGGUAGCCUACAACACUGAUUAUCAGUGGCUAAUAUUGAUG